UUAUCUUCUAACAAUCUCUCAGUCAAUUGGAUUUGCUUCCUCACACAGUAGUCAGAAUUGUAAGGUGCACCACGGACUUGAUGGUGAAUGCACUUCUUCAGAAUGGUUGCAACCAACAGCUUAAAUAAUAAAAAUUCUGAACUGAUACAGCAGCGAUUUCAGCAGGCAUCCUUCUCUGACUUUGACUAUUGGGAUUUUGCAGUGCCUGAACCCAACUUUAAUGAGAUGGUGUUUGAGGAACAAACGUGCCAGAAUCUAAUUAGAAUGCUGGAGAACUGCCUCUCUAAAUCAAAACAGACUAGACUGCAUUGCUCAAGGGUUUUAGUCCCUGAGAAACUAACUCGAAGGAUAGCUCAAGAUGUCUUGCGUCUCUCUUCUACGGAGCCUUGUGGCUUGCGGGGCUGCAUUAUUCAUGUCAACUUGGAAACUGGAAAUGUAUGUAAAAGGCUGGAUAAGAUUGUUUGUGACCCCAGCGUCAUUCCUACUUUUGAACUGACACUGGUGUUCAAGCAAGACAAUUGUUCAUGGCCUAGCUUCAGGAGUUUAUUCCCCAGAGUUUGUUUUACUUCUAGCUAUAAACAGACUCUGAUCUUGAGCCCUGGGUUUCGUCUAAUUAAGAAAAAAUUAUAUUCCUUGAUUGGGACCGUGGUUGAAGAAUGCUGACAAAUGUACUAGUUAAAGAGAGCUGAGCUGAAAUCCCUUAGAAAUAGGAGGGAUAUUUGCACAAUACCCAUCGAUGGUCUCGAAACCAUUUGGUGCUAUGUAAAAUAAGGAGUGCAGCUCCUUGAUACUUGAAACAUUCCUUGGUUAGCAAAGAUAUGGCAAACCCAAUAGCCAUCCUGAUUGCUACUUAUUGCUAGCAGUUGAACUAAAUGGUUUGGCAUUCUUUGAUAUUUAUUUUUAAUGUUUUAUUUUAUGAUUUACAUUGUUUUCAAUCCAAAUUGCUCAUAAGCUUUCAGGAAACAAAUUGGUCUCUAGAACUAAAUAGAUCAAAGAGGCAAGAAUGAUGAUUCCAAAAUGCUUCUCAUAGCUGCAUUGGUAGUAUCAAAUAAAAGAGACAUGACAUAAGAUACUUAUGAGAACUUUUGAAGCUAUUGUUGCUUUUUCUUCAAGGUCAUCUUCUUAACUAACAACAUUUGUCAUAAUUCCUCUAUAACAUUCAGAAGCCUUACCCAGGCUUCCUGCAACCUGGUGUCUUCUUGAUGUAUUGCUUCUACAGCUAUCGGCACGCCUACCCAGCAUGGCCAAAGGCUAGAAAUUUUAGUCUUAACAUAUUUGUAAGGAGUGCCAGCUUGAAGAAAGUCAUCUUACCUGUCAUGAUUGACUUGCCUUCUGUGCUAAAAGAUUUGCAGGAAGCAAGCUUACCCAAAUAAUCAUUGCAUUAGAGUUUUACCCUCAAUUUUAUACAGUAAUACUGAAGUCUACAAAACACUUCGUGUACAUUUGGCACUGAACAGUUUGUGUUGCUUUGUAGUCAAUUUAUUAGCAUAUUUAUUGUCAUGAUAUAUUUUAAAUAGCGUGGCCAAUUUGGGAGGUAAAAGCAGUCUGGAUUUUUUUCUCAAUUGUAAAUGAAGAGCAAUAAUCUAGAACAGG